AUGGGGGCCGUCAAGAUCGAUGGCACUGCCAUCGCCAAGAGGAUUCGUGAGAGCCUCCACGCAGAGAUCGAGGCCAAGAAGCAGGUCAACCCGAGGUUCAUCCCAUCCCUGAAGAUCAUUCAAGUCGGUGAUCGUAGUGAUUCUUCUACUUAUGUUCGCAUGAAGCUCAAGGCUGCGUCUGAGGCUGGCAUCCUUUGCGAACUGAUUCAUCUCCCUGCCGAUGUCACCGAGGCAGAGUUGCUCCAGCAGAUCACCAAGCUGAACAACGACCACGCGGUCCAUGGAAUCCUGGUCCAGCUGCCACUUCCUCAGCACAUAUCAGAGUACGCCAUCACAUCGGCAGUGCAUGCAGAGAAGGAUGUCGAUGGUUUCGGCACUGACAACAUCGGGGAGCUUGCCAAGCGAGGCGGCCACCCCCUAUUCACCCCUUGCACCCCACAGGGCGUCAUGGUGCUCCUGAAGGAGACGGGUGUUGACCUCAAGGGCAAGAAUGCCGUCGUGAUUGGCCGGAGUGAUAUCGUGGGGUCUCCAGUGAGCAGUUUGCUCAGGAAUGCGGACGCCACCGUCACUGUAUGCCAUUCCAAGACGCAGAACCUCGAGGCACAUGUGAAGCAGGCCGAUGUUGUCGUCGCCGCUAUUGGUCAGCCUGCUUUCAUCAAAGGCUCAUGGCUCAAGCCUGGCGCCAUUGUCAUCGACGUCGGCACCAACUACAUUCCGGAUGAUACCAAAAAGUCUGGCCAGCGCCUUGUGGGAGAUGUUGAGUACGAGGCUGCAGCCGCGGUGGCUUCUCAUAUCACGCCCGUUCCCGGCGGCGUCGGCCCUAUGACCGUGGCCAUGCUGCUACAAAACGUCGUCAACUCCACCACGCAGUACUUCGAGAAGCAGAAGAGCAGGAAGGUGACGCCUCUGCCGCUGAAGCUGCAGGACCCAGUCCCUUCAGACAUUGCCGUGUCGAGAGCGCAGGUCCCCAAGCAGAUCACCCGCGUGGCUGAGGAGACGGGCAUCGCUCCGGGAGAGCUGGAGCCCUAUGGAGCGUACAAGGCCAAGGUCGACCUGUCCCUCCUCAAGCGUCUGGCCCACCGCCAGAAUGGCAAGUACGUGGUUGUCACGGGCAUCACGCCCACCCCGCUCGGAGAGGGCAAGUCCACCACGACAAUGGGUCUGGCCCAAGCCCUUGGCGCGCACGUUGGGAGGAUCACAUUCGCCAACGUGCGUCAGCCCAGCCAGGGCCCUACGUUUGGCAUCAAGGGUGGCGCUGCUGGUGGUGGCUAUAGUCAGGUCAUUCCUAUGGACGAGUUCAACAUGCAUCUCACGGGAGACAUCCACGCCAUCACCGCUGCCAACAACCUUUUGGCGGCCGCCAUCGAGACCCGCAUGUUCCAUGAGAACACACAGAAGGACGGCCCCUUGUACAGGCGUCUCGUCCCAGCCAAGAAUGGCAAGCGGCAGUUUGCGCCUGUCAUGUUCCGCCGCCUGAAGAAGCUUGGCAUCGACAAGACCAACCCUGACGACCUGACCGAGGACGAGAUCCACAGAUUUGCAAGACUGGACAUCGACCCUGAGACCAUCACCUGGCGCAGGGUGCUCGACGUCAACGACCGUCACCUGCGAGGGAUCACUGUCGGCACAGCCCCUACCGAGAAGGGCCACACUCGGGAGACAGGAUUCGACAUCUCUGUGGCCAGCGAGUGUAUGGCCAUCCUGGCUCUGAGCACAAGCUUGCAGGACAUGCGGGAGAGGCUGGGCCGCAUGGUGGUUGCAACCUCCCGAAACGGCGAUCCGGUGACAUGCGACGACAUCGGCGCAGGUGGGGCUCUGACUGCUCUCAUGAAGGAUGCUAUCAAGCCCAAUCUGAUGCAGUCCCUCGAGGGCACGCCCGUGUUUGUGCAUGCCGGCCCGUUCGCCAACAUCAGCAUUGGCAACAGCUCGAUCCUCGCUGACAAGAUGGCCCUGAAGCUGGCUGGCACGGAGCCCGAUGAGGACCACGAGGCCAAGGCUGGCUUCGUCAUCACCGAAGCCGGCUUCGACUUCACCAUGGGCGGCGAGCGCUUCUUCAACAUCAAAUGCCGGACAUCUGGUCUUGUGCCUGAUGUUGUCGUGGUCGUUGCUACGGUCCGUGCGCUCAAGGUCCACGGGGGUGGUCCUCCCAUCUCCCCGGGUGCUUCUCUUCCGCAGGUGUACAGAGAGGAGAAUGUUGAGGUUCUGCGCAAGGGCUGUGUCAACCUCAAGAAACACAUUGAGAACGCCCGCGCGUACGGAGUGCCGGUUGUGGUCGCUAUCAACAAGUUCUCGACUGACUCGGAUGCUGAGAUUGCUGUCAUCCGCGAGGAGUCGAUUGCUGCGGGCGCCGAGGACGCCAUCCUGUCGAACCACUGGGCCGAGGGCGGCAAGGGCGCUGUCAAGCUGGCCGAGGGCAUCAUCGCCGCCAGUCAAAAACCCAAGAACGAUUUCAAGCUGCUCUACGGGCUCGACGGCACCGUGCAGGAGCGCAUCGAGGCCAUCGCCAAGAAGAUGUAUGGCGCCGAUGCAGUCGAGUUUAGCGAGCUGGCGCAGAAGAAGGUCGACACAUACACCAAGCAGGGCUUCGGAAACCUGCCCAUCUGCGUGGCCAAGACGCAGUACUCGCUGUCACAUGACCCCGAGCUGAAGGGUGCGCCCACGGGUUUCACAGUACCGAUUCGUGAUGUGAGAAUGGCGGCUGGUGCUGGUUAUUUAUACGCACUUGCUGCUGACAUUCAGACCAUCCCUGGUCUGCCCACAGCCCCAGGAUACCUGAACGUGGACGUCGACUCCGAGACAGGUGAGAUCGACGGUCUAUUCUAG